AAAAGAAAAAAAAAUUCUCAGAGGGGGUGUGUCAGUCACGUGAGUCUGCGGCUGUAGAACGGCUGGUAAAGGUGACCCGCAGCCAGUGUGACUGAAGCUUCUGAAGCAAUCACAUCUCCCUCCGCCCGCUUCAUCUGCUGCCUGUCAAGCAUCAUGCCUGAACCCGUCAGAGUCCUGGUGACCGGAGCUGCUGGUCAGAUUGCCUAUUCCCUGCUCUAUGGUAUUGCUAAGGGCGAUGUCUUCGGAAAGGACCAGCCCCUUGUACUUGUCCUUUUGGAUAUCACCCCCAUGAUGGGAGUAUUGGAUGGUGUGGUCAUGGAGCUUCAGGACACUGCGCUGCCUCUGCUGACAGAGGUUAUUGCUACAGACAAGGAAGAAGUGGCCUUUAAGGACUUGGAUGUUGCCAUUCUGGUGGGCUCCAUGCCCAGGAGGGAGGGGAUGGAGAGGAAGGACUUGCUGAAGGCAAACGUCAAAAUCUUUAAAUCCCAGGGUGCUGCUUUGGAUAAAUAUUCAAAAAAGACGGUUAAGGUGAUUGUCGUGGGAAAUCCUGCAAACACAAACUGUUUAACUGCACUAAAGUCUGCUCCAUCCAUCCCCAAAGAGAACUUCAGCUGUCUCACCCGUUUGGAUCACAACAGAGCAAAAGCUCAGAUUGCUCUCCGUCUGAACGUGACAUCGAAUGAUGUUAAGAAUGUGAUCAUUUGGGGCAAUCACUCCUCCACCCAAUAUCCGGAUGUUAGUCAUGCUGUUGUGAAUCUGCAGGGGAAGGACGUUUCUGUCUCUGAAGCUGUGAAGGAUGACAGCUGGCUAAAAGGAGGAUUUAUCUCUACCGUUCAGCAGCGCGGUGCAGCUGUGAUUGCAGCAAGAAAGUUAUCCAGCGCGAUGUCUGCUGCCAAAGCCAUCUGUGAUCAUGUGCACGACAUCUGGUUUGGAACCCCAGAGGGUGAAUAUGUUUCCAUGGGUGUGAUCUCUGAUGGAAAUGCUUACGGAGUACCUAAUGAUCUCCUGUAUUCAUUCCCUGUUACUAUCAAGGGCAAGACCUGGAAAAUAGUUGAAGGCCUGAAAGUUGAUGAUUUCUCCCGUGGAAAGAUGGAUGUAACCGCCAAAGAACUUCAAGAAGAAAAGGAUACUGCCUUUGAGUUCCUCUCAAUUGCAUGACUACAGAUUGAUCCGAAACCGCACUUAAGUCCCGAAGUGAAAAGUUGUCUUUAAGUUUUUACUUAUCAAGUGCUUAUUUAUGUUACAACCCUUUAUUCAGCACCUGGAAGUCACUCUUGGUUUAGUUUUGUAUCUGUGACUAGUUUGUCAUUGCUAGUAAUAGAAAAUAAAUCCCUCAUGGGGUUAAUACAUC